AGGUGAACAACAAUACGAGGCAUCCAUGCAAUGGAGCGCUAGGCCAAAAUGACUUCGGCAGUACACAAAGUCAAAGAUUUACUUUUCGAGACACAUAGAAUCAGUUACGGAACCGAAAAGGGGCUAAUCGCUUUAUGUGUUUUUAUUAUAGAUGUUAUUGAGUUUGGUUUAUCGGGCAUUCACGAAUAUCUACCUGGAAAAAAGUAUAGGAAAAAAACAGGAAAAAUUGGAAGGAAAUCCGGCCUAAAUAGAUCGUCUUUUUUUAUCGAUGGCACUGCCGUAUCAUCUUUGGUGUCAGGCUUUAUCCGUAGGAAGUUUACAAACGUUCCAGUUUAUACCUUGGCGGAAGAGGACUUAAUUGAUACAAUAAUAAAAAAGAAGAUUUUAGAGCGGAAUGAACAUUUUAUUGGUUUUGACUGUGAGUGGGUAACUGAAGGAAACCCAGCCGCUACUGCCAGAAGAGAAUGUGAUAACCGACCUUAUUUUCCAAUAGCAUUGCUUCAGAUUGCAACAACGAGUGAUUGUUUUCUUAUUAGAGUAUGCUGCCUUGAGAAUUCUUUCCCUAAAAGCCUCAAAGAUGCUUUGGAAAGCAGACACAUUUUGAAGUUAGGUGUAGGUAUUGAGGAGGACUGCAAACGGUUGCGUAUGCUUGGGAUCGACAUUUGUGGUGCAGUUGAUCUUAGGUUUUUAAUUCAAAGAUGUUAUCACAAAACUGAUAUUAUUAAGUUUCCAGAAAGGGUCAAUGGCUUGAGCUUAGUAUCUCUGACUGGUGCUAUUGUUGGAUCAAAGAUGGAUAAAUCAUAUGAGGUACGCUGCAGCAACUGGGAGUCAAAAAGACUCACAUGUAGGCAAAUUGCAUAUGCAGCAAAUGAUUCCUUGGCAGCUUUACAAAUAUUCUUAGCUUUGUGCAUUGAAAAGGUUCAGUCAAAGAAAACUGUUCACCUCUCAAAGUGUCUAGAAAAGAUCAAACUAAGACCACAUGGUGAUGACUUACUCAUGAUGUCUUUCUUAUUGAAUAAAGCACAGCUAUUCUAUCAACCUGGUCUGACUGUAAGAAGGCUUGAUAUCUGGAAGACCUUCACUUCAAUGACCACAAUAAACAAUGAAGUAACUAAAGUUGGCUUUUCACUAUGCCAAGGAAUUGUGGAUUUGGCUUUCAAGGACAAAAAUUCUCUUUUCAAGAAAAAGCCAUCAAGUGAUACAAAUCUCCCAAAAUUAUCACAAAAGUCAGUGACAGUUCGGAAGACACCUUUGUACCAUAACUGUAUUCUUCUCGCUCCAGAUGGCUGUCUCUUGUGCACAUGUGAUAAAAAGAAAGCAGAGUGGUAUGCAUUCAAAAACCUAGGUACAGUUGUAAACUCGGAACCUUUUACGGUGCAGUUGAACUUUGAUCCCGCUGGAAGGCCAUUCGUAGACAGGGACUACUAUACCACUGUGAAGGAAAACAGGUGUGUUGUCUGCGGAAAGGAUGACAACUACAUCAAGAAGAUGAUAGUGCCACGUGAUUAUCGCCGCCAUUUUCCAUCAUACCUGAAAGACCAUUUAUCCCACGAUGUUUUAUUACUCUGUGUGACUUGCCACAGAGUUUCUGAGCUUCACGACUUGCGUUUGAAAAAACAAUUAGCAAUGGAAUACUCCGUGCCAGUUGGAAAUAGCAAAUCAAAAGAAGACCCGGAACUGAAGCGCGUUAGAUCCGCUGCAAAGGCGCUUGUGUACGCAGGGGAGAAAAUCCCUGAGUCAAGGAAGUGCUCACUACGACAGGUUCUUACAGAAUUUUUGAAGAAAGACAACGUGGAUGAUGCUGAAAUUAAGGAGUUGUCUGAAAUAGGCAUUUCCAAAGAAAAUGAAUUCUACGAAGGUGCUCACGGGGAACAGGUUGUCGCAAAGCUAGUUGAGAAUGGGGAGUUAAAGAAGUUCGUCGUGAUGUGGCGGGAACAUUUUUUGCAGGCAAUGAAACCAAAAUAUCUCCCGGAGUUCUGGUCGAUUGAUCAUAACAUUUCUAUGAGCGAAAAAGAGGCAGAUAGGGAAUGAGGACAGGCGUACAUUGGUUGGAGGAUUGUGAUGUUGACUUAUAGAGUCACGAAGAAGUAUUCAAUUGCGAUGCUUGUAAAAAAAUCGCUAAUUGGCUAUUAAUAAACAUGUUUUUAACAAAUAUCUUUUAGAAAAUUUUGUAUUUAAUUGCCGUUGAAAAAUUCUCGCUGGAAAAAGUUGUGCGCUUGCUCAUCGGAAAAAAUAUCAAGCUCAAAACAUUAGUUUGUUUAAUGAUAAUAGCUAUGAUCUUAUAAACUAUAGUCAUACAAAGCUAGCGCACAACAAAGAAUUGUGCAGACAUAUUGUAUGAUACCAAUAUAUGCUAUGUAUUUGAUCAUAACGUGUACAACGCCUUUUUAUCUAUAAGAGUUCUUAGCUUUU